AUGGCAAGUGAAACAACUGCAUGCGGCAUUUGCGAUUCCUUGCAUAUAAGUAAACCUUCAACAGCAUGGUGUUUUGAAUGUAAUGAAGGACUCUGUGAGGAAUGUAAAGAACACCAUGCCCUGAACAAAGCUUCGAAAUAUCAUGGAAUUAUACAGGUUAACGAAUUUCAAAAGUUAUCUUUAAGUGUCCUUCAAAAUGCAGCAUCCUGCAAAUUACAUGGUGAAAGAUAUCAAGUUUAUUGUCAUAAACACGAAUGUUCUUGUUGUACAAAGUGUCUUAUAGGGGACCAUAUGAACUGUACAGAUCUGACGGAUAUAAACGAUGUCGUUUGCAAAAUAAAAUCAUCAAACAUGAUGUUAGAAAUCGAAAAUUCUUUGCAAGAACUUUCUAAACAUUUAAAAAUGAUUCAAAAGAAUCGUAGAGGAAAUUUGUCAUCUUUCACGCUAUAUAGACAGAAUAUUGAGAAGAAAAUUCAGAUAUCUAGACAUACAAUUAAUAAACAUCUUGAUUGUCUUGAAAGUGAAUUAUUAAAGGAACUAACAAAAAUUGAAAAUGAAGAAAGAAAAAAAAUUAGCCAAAUUUUGGCAUCUGUAGAGCGGAAAGAAAAGGAGAUAGAUGAACUUCAAACGAGCUUUUCAAUAACAAAGCAGCAUGCAUCCGACCUACAAACUUUCCUUGUCAGUAAACAGAUUGAACAUGAAUUGAUUGAAACCGACAGUAGCAUACACUCUAUGCAGGAAUACAAUGAACUAUCAGAUGUCAUCAUCUCUUUACAAUCUGACGAAAUAGUAGAAGGUGUAAACAGAAAUAUUAGUAAAAUUGGAGAACUCGUUGCGCAUACUAGUCCAUGUGACAUGUUAUUAGUGAGACAGAAAAGUAAACAGGCACAGGCCAAUGUGACUGCUGUUAUCAGACGCAGACCUGUCCAUCAAUAUGAAACGGUGGAACUUGAAAAUGAUUCUUGUUUUAUUGUCACGGUGAAACCUGGGAAAGAUGCCAUGAAAUUUGGAUUAAAUGGGCAAUACAGACUGCGGAUUACACCAAGUGGUUUUAUAUUAGAAGACAUUGAGAACAUGAUUUCCAAAUGUUAUUGGCCAUAUAAAGUAGUGCGAAACUAUGCGAAAUUUAAGACCGGAAAAGAAUUUGAAAUCACUGUAGGGAGAAAGAAUAUUUUAGGUGUUGGUACUGUCUUGUUUUCGUGUUGUUCAAGAGAUGACCUAGAUGAAAUGUUCCGCCUCUUACCUGGGAUAAAUCCAUGAAUGUUUAUAUUCAGGUUCCAGCUGCUUUAACCCAUUAUCAUAAAAAGGAUGCGUUCUGCAGUCAAACAUCAAUUUAAAAAGGAAAGGAUUAAAAUACAAAACAA